CCAGCAUACCGGAUUUCAGCGACGAAACGUGAAAGUCACAUGACUGUCAAAAACAUAAGAUGGCUUCCAGGGAAAGGAAAUCCUCCUUUCGACAUGAAGGCCACAUGUUUUUCAUCUACGACCAUAAAAUGAAAACCGAAGAGGACGAUCCCAAGGAUGCCAUUCUGUAUUUCUAUCCUCGUUCGGUUGACGUAGAUGUUCAGAUUGCCUUGGUGGGAGGCCUCAUCGGACUGGCCGACUUCUGCACGGAGUUUUUGCCUCAGUGCAUGCCUAGCCUGGUGAAGUUGGCUGGACACAAUUUUGCUCUUCUGCAACAUGAGGACUUUGUUAUCGGCUUGGCUGGUAGCCCUGACAUCCCGGACAAGUUCCUGGUGUCUCACAUGCAGUACGUCUGGUCCACCUUCAUCUUCUACCAGGGCAGUCUGCUGGCGCUGAAGGAGCGUGUGUCCUCGGAUCACUUCCUGCGUGAGCUGAACCAGGUGUGGGACAUGUACGUGCCGCUGUGUCAGCUCAGGGGAGACAUUCUCUCCCAGGCCUUCCAGAUCCUGCCUUAUGUACAGCUGCACAAGAGUCAGGGCGGCCUGUUUCUCCAUGCCUCUCACAUCCUGCAGCGAAGUUUGCGACACAAAGGUGUCAUCGCCGGAGCGUUGUUCAGCAGAAACAGGGUCCUGUGUUCCCAGCUCAGCAACAGUUUGACCCGGAAGCUUCUGUUUCUCAUGUCCCAUAACCAGUUCCCCUGUGUCCGAGCGAACUCCUCAGUCCUAGAACUGCCCGGCGGGGUGCGGCUCCUCUAUGUCUUCCUCCCUAAAGAGGAGAGGGACAGCCUUGGACAACGUCGGUCAAAGCAGUUUGGGAGGUCCGCCUCCUCCCUCUCUCAAGACAGCGUCGAGGAAGACCUCAGGAAAACUCCUUUGACAUCUGCAGCAGAAAAGUCCUCCCCAUUUAGUUCACAACUGUUGAAAAACUCGAAUCCCAAUUACUUGUUCUCCGACUCGGCUGCCGGUACAAGCUCAGAGCCGAGGGACAAACCGAGCAGGGGCGGGCUGAGGAUGAAGUCUCCGACGUCUGCAGCCAUCACGUCAGGCACAGACUCAGACGUGUUUCUCGACACGCUGCAGGAUAUCCAGCUAGAUGGCCACCACAACAACGUGAAGCUGGCCGACAUCAAAGAGGUGCAGUGUCGGGUCAGCGGACACACCUCACAUCAUCAGCCUGGCUCCGCGCCGGCGACGAAACAAGACGCGUUCACGUCUAGCUCGGACACCGUCACUCCGCAUUUGACCAACCUAACGGUCAGUGUAGAGGUGCACGCUGAUGGAGACACUGCAGCCAAUCAGAACAAACCCGCGGGGCUCAGUCCUGGCCUGGGAAAUACUCGAGACAGUUUUUCUGCGGACAAAUCGGUGGUUGAUAUUCCUGUGAUUUCAGGUGAGGAGGCUGGAGCAUGCACAGAGAAAGGACAAGUGCUAAGGUCUUCUCAUGAUCCUGUGUCUGCUCGCGAUGGUGAAGAUCGUGAUGCUGUUGGGGAUCUGAGACCUGAUAAUAACGUGGGCAACAAGGAAAUUCCAGACGGAGGAGAUUUGAAAACUGACUUUGACGAUGCGGAUGAUCAGAGGCAAGAUGGGGGAAAUACAAAGCAACCUCCUACGCCCUCGAAUGAUUCCUGUAACACACAGCAAGUAAAUCACAUUUCUUCCUCUUCAUCUGAAAACUCCACCCUUUUUCCUACUCUAGAAUCUGAAAAUGUGAAAGAGAACAUUGAGAAUGCACAUGGGAAAGGUGGGGAAGAACAAAUGACGAAGGCGCCCAAAGAUCGUAAUGAGUGUAGUAGCAACGGACACCAAGGGGAAUCACUCACAGAUAAUAAGGUUAACGGACUUCCGGUGGUGAAUGACGUGCUCGGUGGUGGGUCGGGCGGCCAUGAUGAUGAAGACGCUGCUCAAUCUGGGUCGUCUGUAGACCCAGCUGUACUUCCUCAGAGUGAUGACUCAGCGUCUCGUAGUAACUGUAACCCGGCGGUACUUAAUGACAAUACUAGUGCUGAGAGUUCUAGUGUUUGCAAUUCUUUCACGGGAAAAGAUCAAUUCAAAUCUAUUGAAACGACUGGUGAAAAAAUCCUCAAUGAGAAAAAGCAAGAGGAUGAAAGUCAAGCGAGUGCGGAAUCGGAUUCUGUCUCUGUCGUUGAUAAUGAGGUCACAGCGGUUGAGAUUCCACGAACAACCUCUCCUGAUGCUGAUGCUGAUACUCGCCCACAGGUGAGGAAACAGCUCAACUCUACUGAUGGUAGUGGAGAUCACAGUCAGGUGGGUGGGGCCGACACACAAAACCUCAGUUCAACAGGACAGAAUCAGUCCACAGAUUCUCCUGUCAUUGACGUUGCAGGCAAAGAUUCCGGUUUGGAAAAUGUUCCGCUUGAUGCGUCCCCACGUGUGACUGACUCUCCUGUUGUGAGCGAGAACAAAACGGCUGGUGGUGGCGGUGCUCAAACCGACGGUGCUGAUAACGUAACAAAAACAUCGACUGGAACUGUUUGCUGGGCUAGUUUACCUCAUGAAGGAUGGCAGGAGAGGAAUGCGGGAAACAAUAACGUUUUUGAGGGACACAUGAGUGAAGAGAACGCGAUCAAUGUUCGGAAAGCUCUCGUGCAGAGUAAAGAGGAGAUCGACGCCUCUCUCGACACGCAGCGCUGCAGCAACAGCGGCGAGGACUCCUCCAACCACUCGGAGCAGAAGCUGGAGGACCUCGAUGGUUCACAGCUCUCCCUCACCAAAGGAGGCAACGACGGGCCGCCCAGUAAAGACCGCUUGACGUUUGAGUUCCUGGAUAGCGAGAACUCUGAGGGCGGGAUCAUGUCCCCGUUUUCGGAGCACGGCCGUCUGUCGCCCGUGGCGGAACAACAAGAUCCGAAGGUGGGUCAGAAAUUUCUCUUCCCGGGCUCGGGGUCGGAGCAAGAGGGGGGUCAGAGGUCACAGGGUGCGGAGAGGUCAAAGACUGCUCAGUUCAGUGUGGGAGGAAAUCUGUCGUCGUCUGAGCCAGCUCGUACCGCCACGACCACCGCCGCCUCACCCCCGCCCCAACGCUCGCCCAAGUGGGACGCGACCAGCAACGGUCUGGAGGAGCUGACCUUGUAUGUUCAAGGUCACUCUGAUACGCUGCUGGUUCUGCUCUUGAAGCGAUCGACAAAUUGCAGCAAGAACUACAUCAAUUCUUUGUGGAAGUCUUGCUUGUCCCAUCUGGCAGAGCUGGAUUUUGAAGUGAAAGACGCAGAGAGGCACAUGAAGGAUGACAGCGAGAACCUCGGAGCAUCGUACCAGUUUAUGAAGUAUGAUCCGCUCACACAAAAACUCAGAGCUUUUCAAAAGAAGCAAGGCUCAGCCUUACAGCCAGUGACGAGUCUAGCCAAUGAGAUCGUCGACUCCUGUGUACAGAUGCACGAGAGCUUCACGGAGAUGCCAGACCUUCAGGAUGUCACUUUCCGGUCCCACUCCGCCUCCAUCCUGGGUCACCGUAACGCCAGCUCGGAGACUUUCUUCCAGACGGGGCUGCCGCGCUCGUGUGCCGGGAUCAGCACGCCGGGGGACAAGACGUUUGUUCUGGACCAGGAGGCCACGCGGGUCUUGCUAGGGGACUGUGACAUUACCAUGCUGUGAUGCUGUGACUGUGACAUUACCAUGCUGUGAUGCUGUGACUGCGACAUUACCAUGCUAUAAUGAUGCUGUGACUGCGACAUAACGAUGCUAUAACGAUGCUGUGACUGCAUAGUUCCGAUAUAAAUGUAAUGAUGCUGUGACUACAUAUCAUAGUUACAACAUCCGAUAUAACGAUACUGUGACUGCGAUAUAAUGAUGCUGUGCCCGCAUAACACCGAUAAAACGAUGCUGUGCUUGCAUAGUGCCGAUAUAACGAUGCUGUGACUGUAAAGUACCGAUGUAAUGAUGCUGUGACUGCGACAUAACGAUGUUGUGCCUUCAUAGUACCGAUAUAACGAUGCUGUGACGGUAUAGUAUCGACAUAACGAUGCUCUGCCCUCAUAGCACCGAUAUAACGAUGCUGUGACUGUAUAGUAUCGACAUAACGAUGCUGUGACUGUAUAGUAUCGACAUAACGAUGCUGUGACUGUAUAGUAUCGACAUAACGAUGCUGUGACUGUAUAGUAUCGACAUAACGAUGCUGUGACUGUAUAGUAUCGACAUAACGAUGUUGUGACUGUAUAGUAUCGACAUAACGAUGUUGUGACUGUAUAGUAUCGACAUAACGAUGUUGUGCCCUCAUAGCACCGAUAUAACGAUGCUGUGCCUUCAUAGCACCGAUAUAACGAUGCUGUGAUGGUAUAGCACAGAAGACAGAUGGAGUAUGGUGCCUCUGUGAAAGAUUGAAAGAUCUCAACGUGAGGAAAAAUGUCUGUUGUAUGAAGUCUAGCUCUGAUUGGAGAUUUGUUGUUGGCUUUUUGUUUA